AAUUAUGGAAGCAAUAGCAAAUUUUAACGUUUCUAAAAGUAUCAUCCGCCUUUCAGAACCAAUUACAAUCGUAAUAGCUACAUUUAGCUAUAGCCUACAAAAGGUAAGCUAUAGCUUAUCUUUCGGUUGAAUUCAUUUAUGAAAUUUAAUUUAUAUAUCCGAGCUUGUCAUGCAGCCAUGAGUCACUCAAUAAGACAAGAGUUGCAAAGCGAACAAGGACAGAGAAACCCAGAGAAAUCAGAUGAAAGUUGUGCAAAAAAUCUUGUUGGAUUCUCUGCUGGGAAGCCCUUCUACUCGGGUCGGAGCACGCCGACAGAUACUUUCUCCUCUUACCGAGUCUCCAUAGACCGAAAAUCGUGUCCAAAGAUUCCCCAACUUUCUCCACACUUGGAAAUACGUAGAACAUUUUGUGCGCAGUUAUUUUUUUCAAAUUAUUUCCCGACCUGGCCCUAAAUAUUUACAUAAAUGCUGAACCCACCCUCCCCAAGUCUGUCCACCCCCACGUCAGUGGUUCCCUUGGAGGAGGAGGAUAUUCUCAGGAAAAUACGACGAGCCAGAAAUAUUAGAUUAAUAGAAAAUAUUCUUACUGGUCCUAUCGUCUUAAUUCAUGCAAUGAAUCUGAUUACUGUCAGCUUGUGUGCAGCUGUUCCAGAUGAACAUUGCCCUUCCUCAUUAGUAAAGUCGGAAAAUUCCGAAUUCAGUCCUUUUUACCUCAUUCUAAUUACAUUCGGCCUUACCGGGCUCCUUAUGGGUUACUCAAUUCACUACCUGUGGCACCAAGUGCGCAACUGGUUGAAGUAUGUGGACCAAAAUUCGGACCUGGUUUUGGAAGAGUCUGUCAGAUCCGUCCGUUGCCUCGCAAAACUCUCCAUCGUCACACUUCUAUUUGGAGUGACAUGCCAUCUCGUCCAAGAUAACGGUACAUGGGUAAAAAUCCUUAGCUUUGGGGUCAUCUACAAGUUCUACGUCGUCGCAGCGUGUCAAGGAUACUUAAAUUUAUUUGACGGCAAAGAAACACCAAUCCCUUGCCAACUCAACGAAGACUCGCAGAUACGUGAUGAUCAACCAAGACGACCGCAAGUAUGCCAUGGAUACCGAGAUCUCACAAAUUUUUACCAUUUCACGAAUGAUGGCACGAACAUCCGGGAUGGCCUUGUGGUGUCCCAUUUGCUACAACCACGCGGUAAUAGGAACGAAGUAGUAGAUCCACCACCCCUUGAAAUUAGGCGACACUCUGGUCUAACCUCGUCACCGGUACCGAUACCUUUACCGACAUUUAUUACGAUACCGACACCAGCGCCUGGAAUUUCUGAAAAUGAUGAAAAUCCUCCCACCGGUGAUCCACCUUGUUACGAAAGCGCCCUUCUUGCCAGGGCUGAUUCAUUGCCUCCUCCCACGUACCGGGAAGCUAUGAGUGUCCUGGAGGAUCAUAAUUUCUCUGGAAAUGAAUUAGCAUAAAUUUAAAUCGGAACAGGGUAUAUUUUUCUAAAUAAGGAAAAAAACUGAAGAAAUUAACGAAGGGAACAAUAUUUAUGUAUAACUAUCUUAUAAAAUGCUAUUGUCGCUCAUUCAUUCAUUCAUUAAUUGUGAA